UACGCUAUGUCAUGGGCACAGAUAAAGAUUCCACAGUCCAGCCAAACAGUCCGUGUGACAGACACUUCCUUUUCUGGAGUGCAGGCACGAGUGUUUGAGUCCACUUCAUCAAGACUGGAGCAGUGUUUGAAAAAAGGAGUUGUCUAUUUCCAUGGAGGUGGAUGGGCACUCGGCAGUGCAAUUUCUCUUUUUGUUUAAAGAGAUGCAGCCAUAUGACAUGCUGUGCAGGACUAUGGCUGAAGAGUUGGAUGCAGUCGUCAUAUCUGUUGAGUACAGGCUGGCACAUUUCCCAGAUCAGUAUAAUGAUGCUCUUCAGGCCUCAAAACGUAUCCUGACAGCAGAGGUGCUGGCUCAGUACUCGAUAGACCCAGAAAGAGUAGCAGUGUCGGGUGACAGCGCCGGGGGGAAUCUUGCCGCUGCUGUUGCUCAACAGAUGGCCUUGGACAGCAGUGCUCCUAUUAAGUUCAAAGUUCAGGCUCUUGUCUAUCCUGUGCUCCAGGCCUUGGACUUCAACACACCGUCCAUCCAGCAGAAUGCCAACAUUCCCAUCCUAUACCGUUCGCACUUGGUCAGCUAUUGGCUGGAGUACCUAGGUGGGGAUCAGAGACUGGCUCCUUCAUUGCUGGCUAACAACCACACAGCUUUGAAUCAGGGCCACAAGAUAGCCGCAGCCAAAGCUAAGAUCAACUGGACCCAACUUCUUCCGGCCGCUUUACAGAAGAACUAUAAGCCCCUGUUUCCACUUCAGGGUGACCCAAAGCUGUUAGAGGAGCUGCCAGGAUUGCUGGAUGUGCGAGCGGCCCCUUUACUAGCUAAAAAGGAAGUACUGAGGGCAGUACCGCCUGCCUACAUCAUGACCUUUGAGCAUGAUGUGCUGAGAGAUGAUGGACUCAUGUACAGCAGACGACUGGAGGAGGCCGGAAUUGCAGUCACUGUUGAUCACUAUCUAGAUGGUUUCCAUGGAUGCUUGAGCUUUGCUUUUGGGCCCUUGCAAUUCUCAGUUGGAUUGCGAAGUUUUGAGAACUAUAUUCGCUGGCUAAAAGAGAACCUCUAGAAGGUACACAUGUAUGGAUGAGACGUUUCCAUUUGUUGUUAAAUAUAUUUUGAAAAUAUACUUCUAAAACAUUUACUAAUGGUUUUGAAUUGAAUAUGCAAUGAAAAACAUCAGUGCAACAAAUCAUUUGUGAAGAACUGAAUGGGCCAGCAGACACCAACAUUUUAUUUCAGUAUCUCUGAAUCUCUGUGUAAAAGGGUUCACAGCAGAAUGAACGGAGGACAUAGGGAAAUGUAUGGAAUGAUAUUCCGGACAUUAUUCAAAAGGAAUUGCAAAUUGUAUUUGCAAUUGCGUUUUCAAUUUGUGGAUGCAUAAAAUGUGACAUAAUCCAAACGCAAUUGCAAAUCGCGCAUUACCGUUU